AAAGCUACAUUUUCAUCAAUCAGUCGAUGUCAUGGAGUUCUGCUCAGCAGUACUGCAGGGAAAACUACACGGACUUGGCUAUGAUCGAGAACCAGGAGGAAAACAUGGAGGCUCUGAAUGCUAAACCAAACAGUUCUAUGGUCUGGAUUGGUCUUUAUCGAAAACCCUGGACCUGGUCUGAUGGAACCCUGAGCUCCUUCAGAAACUGGUUACCCUCUGGUUUAAACAACAACAAUGGAAACCAACACUGUGGAAUCGAGUUUUCCACCCAUGGUUGGGCCGAUGAGCUCUGUAGUUACAAAAGAGUUUUCAUAUGCCACCAAGUUUCAAGGAUGAAGACCACAUUGAAAUUGAAAUUCAUCACUGAUUCUGACCUGACUGACCCAAAAGUCAAAGCCCAGAUCCUGCAGCAGCUUUCUGCUUUGCUCACAAAAGACAGAUGGACCGACUUCAGCCUGCAGUGGACGAUUCAACCCCAAAAACCCUCAGAGUGAUGCAAAGAUGGUCCUCCAGCUGACCUCCACGUCUUCAUGCUUUAGAAGAUUUUUGAAGAUGCAUUAUAGUUGUGUCAGUUUAAAACAAACUGAAAAAACUAACUGAUAUAUUGUGUGUAAUAAUUAAUGUCACAACAUCUUUUUGUUU